UCUACCAAUUAUUAAUAUCCUUGAAUAUUAUUUAAACCGCCAUUAUUAAGAAUAUGAAUACCGGUGGAUCGUAACAAACAUUCGUAACUGAAAAAUUUAGUUUGACAUCAGUGUUGUGCCGGCAAUUUUUCAAUCGAUAUGUUUCUCUUAUUGUUAUUUUCUGUGAUUGCGUAUUUCGUAUACAAGAAGAUUAAACGGCUCAUGGGCCAUCCUCCUCUACCUAAAAAACUAGAAGAGACAUGGUGGGGUCCUGGGGCUCCUGGAUCUGUCAAACCGGAAGUUAAACCUUUUACUAUUAGCGUAUCAGAUGAGGUACUCAAAGAUCUUCAAUACCGCCUUGACCACCACCGACCUUUCACUCCUCCUCUCGAAGGAAUCGUCCACGAAUAUGGCAUCAACACCAAUCUAGUCAAGACCAUAGUCGACUAUUGGAGGACGAAAUAUAACUGGAGAGAAAGGGAGAAGUACUUGAACCAAUAUCCACAGUUCACAGUCAAUAUCCAGGGCUUAGACUUGCACUACAUUCACAUUAAACCCAAAGUUUCGUCUGAUAUCAAAGUGCUGCCUCUUUUAAUUUUACAUGGGUGGCCGGGAUCCGUAAGGGAGUUCUAUGAAUUAUUUCCGUUGUUAACAACACCACAAAAGGGAAGAAACUUUGUUUUUGAAGUUAUAGCUCCACAUAUUCCAGGUUUUGGUUUUUCCAAACCAGCAGUGAGACCAGGUCUCAGCCCGGACAACAUUGCCUUGGUAUUUAAGAACAUGAUGCAUCAUUUAGGAUUCCAAAAAUUCUAUGUACAAGGCGGUGAUUUUGGAUCCAUCAUUCUUCGCAACAUGGUCGUACUCUAUCCGGAAGUGAUCGAAGGUUUCCAUUGCAAUUUCCCGGUGGUUACAAGUGCUCGCCAUUAUAUAAAACUGUUCUUGGCCAGUCUGUUCCCAUCUUUGUCUAGUUGGUAUGUUCGUCCAGAACACAGGAAUAAAGUGUUACCAAUGAAGCAGGGUUUCGAACGAACAUUAAGGGAAACUGGAUAUCUUCACGAACAGGCCACUAAGCCCGAUACAUUAGGUGUUGCUAUGAAUGAGUCUCCAAUUGGUUUGGCAGCAUAUAUUUUAGAAAAAUUUGUGAGCGCCACAAACCAUCAAAAAGCCUUACUGGAAGAAGGUGGCCUUGCGGAGAGUUACACCUACGAUUCUUUGUUGGAUAACAUAAUGUUCUAUUGGCUUAAUAGUGCUGCCACUACUUCUUUUAGAUUAUAUGCAGAAACCUUUAACAAAGCAACUAAUCGUAAAGCUAUCCUCCAGCACCCUAUUGAGAUACCCACGGCCGUCGCAAGAUACAAAUACGACUUCUACUCACCAGAUGGUGCUAUCAACGAUAUUUUUGUAAAUUGUGUUCACUUUGCUGACAUAGAUGGUGGACAUUUUUCUGCAUUCGAGAAACCUGAAGUAUUCGCUAACGACCUCUAUGAUGGCAUCGAAAAAAUCUUAAAAUUGAAGAACUAAUUUUGCAACAAUGUAUUUUGUUUUGUUUUUUUGUAUAUAAAGUAUGUUUUGUUGCU